CCUGUUCCUGGUCGUUCUAAUGCCUUAGUGGGAACGCAUGAUUUCUCCAAUCACAAGCCACGGAGAUCUCCCUUUAUUCUCGUUAGUCGUUUUAGGCCACCUUCCAAGAAUAGCUUCCGUCGAUUCCAACCAGAACAAAUCCUCUCAGCAAUUUCCAACUUUAGUAUAUAUUUGCCUCCAUAAUUCUAGGUUUGUCUUUCUUUGGCUCUCUCUCUCUCUCUCUCUGUUUCUCGUUCUUCCUCAAUCUCCAAUUCACCAUGCAUUCUCAACCUCAACCAAGAAAGGGUUGACAAUUCUCAACGGAGUUUCGACAAACUCGAAAGAGAAAUUCCUCUAUCUUCGUUGGUUUCUGGGAUUUGUGGUUUUCGAUGGGGACGUAUAGGUCGGAUGACGACUACGACUAUCUGUUCAAGGUGGUGUUGAUCGGCGACUCCGGCGUUGGCAAAUCCAACCUGCUCUCAAGGUUUUCGAGGAAUGAGUUCAGCAUGGAAUCCAAAUCCACAAUCGGGGUCGAGUUUGGGACUCGUUGCAUUCGAGUCGAUGAUAAGGUCGUCAAGGCACAGAUUUGGGACACCGCAGGCCAAGAAAGAUAUCGUGCGAUCACAAGUGCGUAUUAUCGAGGUGCGGUGGGCGCUUUAUUAGUCUAUGAUAUCACUCGGCAUGUCACGUUUGAGAAUGUGGAGAGGUGGCUAAAGGAACUCCGAGACCAUACCGAGGCCAACAUCGUGAUCAUGCUAGUCGGGAACAAGGCAGACCUGCGCCAUCUCCGUGCGGUCUCCCUCGAUGAUGCCAAAGCAUUUGCCGAACAAGAGCACACCUUCUUCAUGGAGACAUCCGCAUUGGAGGCGCUCAAUGUCGAGAACGCCUUCACGGAAGUGUUGACUCAGAUCUACCGCGUGGUCAGCAGGAAAGCUCUCGACGUCGGCGACGACCCUGCAGCACUGCCAAAGGGACAGACCAUCAACGUCGGGAACAGGGAUGAUGUCUCGGCCGUCAAGAAGGCCGGUUGUUGCUCGUCAUGAGAAAUCGUGGGUCGGGUGUGAAAGUGCUUUGCUCUUCAUAGCUUUGUCUUUCCUGUAGAGGGGGAGUGACACUGAAGACGGACUUCAUCAGUCAUCAUGUAUACAAAAACUU